AUGGAAAGAGACCACCCCCUUCCAGAUGGACCCUUUGCAGGCUGGAAGCAUUCAGAUGUUGAGAAGCUCAUGUUCACAUUAGCCGCUGGGGCCACAGCAGUUGUUGGAUGUAUUCUCUACGGAACAAUUCGUUUAAUUGAAUGGUAUAAUGCGGAGCCAAUUUUACGCUAUUCUAUUGCUGAACUCAAGGCACCAGAGGAUAAGAAGAUUCUGGAAAAUCCGAGCAUCAAGACCGCCGAAUCCUCAAAAAUUCGAUGUUAUGCUCCCGCGACUGGUCAAUUCCUAGGAUAUGUCACCCCUUCAACCCCCGAAGAUAUUGAUAGAGCAAUUGAGAAGGCACAUGUCGCACAAAAGAAAUGGGCGCGAACUACAUUUACUCAAAGGCGACAGGUACUACGCUCGAUGAUGGCAUACAUAUUGGAUCACCAGGAUGAGCUUUGCAGGGUCGCAUGUUUGGAUUCAGGCAAAACCAUGAUUGACGCCGCAUUAGGAGAAAUCUUAGUGACUGUCGAGAAGCUUAACUGGACUUUGGAACAUGGUGAAAAGGCAUUGAGUCCUUCUCGAAGACCUACGAACUUGCUCAUGAUGUAUAAGAAGAAUACGGUUCAAUACGAACCCUUGGGAGUUGUCGCUGCUCUGGUCUCUUGGAACUAUCCUCUUCACAAUUUGCUUGGCCCAAUAAUCUCCGCGAUUUUCUCUGGAAAUGGAAUUGUGGUGAAAGCAUCCGAAAAUACAGCUUGGAGUGCACAGCAUUUUUCUCUUAUUGCAAGAGGAGCAUUAUAUGCAUGUGGUCAUGACUCUAAUUUGAUUCAAGUUGUUACAUGUUGGCCAGAUACCGCGAAUCAUCUCUCGUCUCAUCCUAGGAUCUCUCAUAUUACUUUCAUCGGUAGUCGACCAGUCGCCAAAUUGGUAGCUGCGGCAGCAUCUAAGCCUUUAAUUCCAGUCGUCGCGGAACUUGGAGGGAAGGAUGCUGUGGUUGUCAUGAAUUCCGCCGUCAAAGACCUUCCACGUAUCACCGAAAUCCUCCUUCGUGGUACAUUUCAAGCCGCUGGACAAAAUUGUAUUGGUAUCGAACGAAUUAUUGGUCUCCCAGACGUUUACGACAAAAUUGUCGCAACACUCGAGCCACGAAUUCGAGCUCUUCGAGUCGGCUCUGCUCUCGACUCUACUGCAGAAUCGCCAGUUGAUGUCGGAGCAGUCAUUUCUGAUGCUUCAUUUGACCGACUCGAGAAAUUGAUCGCAGGAGCUGUCUCGGAUGGAGCUCGUCUAUUGGUUGGCGGUAAACGUUUUAACCAUCCAGUCCAUCGCUCUGGACAUUACUUUAGUCCUACUCUACUCGUCGAUGUCACCCCUGAAAUGGCUAUUGCUAAUGAAGAGUGUUUCGGACCUAUUUGUGUUGUUAUGAGAGCCAAGAACCCUGAAGAUGCUUGCAAUAUUGCAAACCAACCUGAUUUCGGACUCGGUGCAUCAGUCUUUGGAUCCAAAGAUUGGGAACUAAACGCCAUAGUCAAGAACAUCAAAGCUGGUAUGGUAGCUAUAAAUGAUUUUGGUGCAUACUAUGCAGUCCAAUUACCAUUUGGCGGCGUGGCAGGUAGUGGUUACGGAAGAUUCGCAGGUGAGGAGGGCUUAAGGGGACUUUGUAAUAUCAAAGCUGUCUGUGAGGAUCGUUGGCCAUGGUCUCCUGCUUGUACUGCUAUUCCUCCCCCACUUCGAUACCCGAUUCCGGACACUACAAAAGGCUUCGCAUUUACGAAGGCGGUGGUGAACAUUGGGUAUGGAGCUGGGGUGAAGGGUAAAUGGAGGGGAAUUAAAGUCAUGUUGGGGAUGAAUUAA